CCCUCCCCUCCCCUCCGCGCUCGGCGGCCCCCGCAGUCGGAGCAGCCCGGGCGGCGCGCAGGUCCUCGCCAGCCUCGCCAUGUCUGCGGCCGUGAGGCAGAGGUUCGACCGGUUCCUGCAGGAGAAGAACUGCAUGACCGACCUGCUGGCCAGGCUCGAGGCCCGGAGCGGCGUGAACCGCAGAUACAUCGCGCUCGGCGCCGUCGGGCUGCUGGCCUUGUACCUGGUGUUCGGUUAUGGAGCCUCUCUCCUCUGCAACUUGAUAGGAUUCGGCUACCCAGCCUACGUCUCAAUUAAAGCCAUAGAGAGUCCCAACAAAGAAGAUGAUACCCAGUGGCUGACCUACUGGGUCGUGUAUGGGGUGUUCAGCAUUGCUGAAUUUUUCUCUGACCUCUUCCUCUCAUGGGUCCCCUUCUACUACAUGCUGAAGUGCGGCUUCCUGCUGUGGUGCAUGGCCCCGAGCCCCUCUAACGGGGCCGAGCUGCUCUACAGGCGCGUCAUCCAGCCUGUCUUUCUGAAGCAUGAGUCCCAGGUGGAUACCAUGGUGAAUGACUUCAAGGACAAAGCCAAAGAGACUGUGGAUACCAUCACGAAAGAAGCCAAGAAAGCAGCAGUGACCUUGCUCGGUGACGAAAAGAAGAGCACCUAAGCCACCAACCGCUUUUUCCAAUGGUGCAUUCUGUAAGAAAUUUAAGUUGCUGUUUUUGGCAGUCAAGGUGUACAUAUUGACGACAGAAGUUAAUGACUGAGUUGAGCAAUUCUGUCUCAGAUUUCCCAAGUAACAUAUUGCCAGGGUGAGAGUAUUUGAAAAACUAAUUGAGCCUGUGUCUAGCUAGAAGACAAGCACUUAUUUGUGUAUGAAUGGUGUUUGAGGGGUACGUCAAGUCAAAGAAUCUCCACAAUCUCCACGGUUCUUCCCCCACUUGAAAGCUUUCAGACCAACAGCUUCUGCUACUCUGGGAUCUUAUAACCGUAGCCUGAGGAGAAUGAGCAAAGCCUUUUAACAGGUUACUACCACCCAUCCUGAAGAUGUGAUAUAUUAAAUGGAAAAGGAUGUAAAUAAAACUGUUAUCUCAUUGAA